AUGUCGAUGCACCGCAAAAUCGAACUCCAGUCCCCCGCGGACUUCACCUACCUCUACGCCAACACCGUCGCGCUGUCCCGACAGAAACUAGAUCUUCAUCUUCCCCCAUCUGCCAAUACGAGCGAUGCACCGGAUCCGAUGCGCGAGCGGGUUCGCGAAUUAGUCGAUCAGUACAUCACCAAAACCUUCACCACCGCAUCCUCCUCAAUCAGCAUCAACGGGCUCGAUUCCUCCUCCGAACAAUUCCCUUUUCCGGCGUCGUUCACGGCGCCCACGGAAACGAUCGAAUAUGAACCCUACGACACGCAUCUUGCGGCGCGCCUGACGUCGCUGUAUGCGCAGUUGGAGUCUUUGACGACGACGGUGGCGCAGGCGAGACGCGAUGCGCCGAGGAAGGCGGCGAAGGCGUAUGCGGAGCAACUGAGGAGGGCGAUUGAGGAGGAUGAGGAGGAUGAGAAUGAGGAUGUUGAGGGUGAGGGUAUUGAGGGUGAAGAUGGGCAGGGAGAGGGCGUUGAUGGGGUCGCUGAGACGACGAAUACAGAGACGGCGAUGGAGACGGAUGAGCAGGGGGAGAAGAAGACGGAGAAGGAGACCGAUGGCCCGACUACAGGGGAUGGUGAAGGUGCGGACGUCGCGAUGCCAGAUGCGGAUGCAAAUGCGGAUCAACAACCCCAGGACCAGACACAGUCACAGCCGCAAUCGCAAUCACAAGCACAAUCACAAUCCAAGAAACGAAGUCGCGAGGACAGGUCCAGCGACGACGGGCCUUCACGCCGGAAGUCGAAAGCCCGCAAGGCCGAAUGGGAUCUCAAGGUGCCGCUGGGAACAGACCACGAGGCCGAACGUUGGCGUACCGGUGACGUGGCCGAGGUUUAUGAGGACGCGCUGCGGACUCUGCUGCGACUCCAAGGCGAAGGCAACGAUGAUGCCGCGGCCGAGGGCUCGACGUCGGACGGGUAUGCGUUGGCGUCGACGGUUGGGAAAACCGAACGAGCGAGACAGGCCGUGGAGGUGGUGGAGAAGAAGGUGUGA